CGUAGAGCGCACAGUUGUUGUUAGAUAUGUAGCGCACGUAUAUAUGUAACGUGUUAUUUUAUAUUUGAGGUUAAAGCAUGCUUCAUCAGUUGGCAAUGAAACUCAGCGUGAUUUAAAAAGUUGCUGAUUAAUUAUUUAUUUUUUUUUUUUUAUCGAGUUCCGUUGUGAUUCCGAAAAACUGAUAACAUGAUAGGCAAGCAAAGCCAGCCCGAUGACAGCGAGGAUAAUAAGUUGCGAAUAAAGCUCAUAACGGACAAACGGAAGUUCUUGGAAGAAAAAUACGCUCAGAUUGAAAACGAGAUCAGAAGUUGCUUCAAGGAGUUGGCGGAGGUUUUGCAAACCAGGGAGAAGCAGCUGCUGCGCCAAGCCGAAGCUAUUUACAGACAGCAGCUCUCGCUGGUCGAGACUUCGUUGGAUUUUCUGCCCUCAUCGCUGGUAGUUCUCGACAACAGAAGCGAAUUGGAGAAGAAGAUACGUCAGUUCGGUAAUAUCGAAGUACACGGAUCAAACGGUAUUACGGUGAAAGAUGUAGAGCCGUACAAGGUAGCCGACUAUCAGGAUGCCAACAACGACCACGUUAGUUUCGACAAAUCGAUCACGUGUAAGAAAACCCAAGAUCUAACUCUCCCACGUUGCAAGGACCUGAUAUCGGAUUACAAAACUUUGCAUUCUUCAGACCUACCUCUUUCCUUCCUUGUGGAAAACAAGUCACAAAGUUCGCAAAAUGUAAAAGACAAUGACGCACUGAUGACCUUCAAAGACAGUCUGUUCCUGUCGGGAUGGUCGCCGUUUCUGAUCAUAAAACGCAAACUCGGUCUGGCACACGUGUCCCUGGACGGAUUGCACGCGUUCGACAAGGCUUAUCCGCGAAACGUUCGAUCUUUCGAUACGCCUUGUGACACGACGAAAUCUUGCGAAUUGAAUAUUCUGACGCACAAAACCGCGGGAGUGAAUUUGCGAAAUAAUGAUAAAAAAAUCUUGAACAAAGAUAAAGAAGAUUCCGAACUGAGCGCAUAUACCAAGGAAAAGCAAGACAACAAUUACGAGCAUCCGAUACAGGUGCAGCAUUGGUUACGGCAGAUUCUCGCGGAGACCGAAAUAGAGCCCGCGAUUCACGAAAUCGGCCAAUUUUCCGAGAUAUCCAAGGCGAAGCUCUACAACGGUCUGUAGUCGUUCUCUCUCGCGCUCUCGUCACACUCAGUAUUUCGAUUGGGGCCAAAGUUUCCAGAGCAAAUGGAAAGCGAAUUAAUCGAAAAAGGCUGAUCUAUUUUAGACUUAUUUUUACACGUUCGUCACACGUACACACACGCUGGAUUUUUUAAUUUUACAUAAAUGUUUUGUAAUUUACGUAUAUAUAGAUUAUAAAAAAAAAAAAAAAAAAAGAAACGUCCUCUUUUUGCGGUGUAAUUUGAAAAGAGGGACAGAACACGUAAAGGACGGAGACACACGUGUGAACGAAGGAGAAAGAAAAAGAGAAUACGUGUGAAAAUUUAUUGCAUUACAUCGACAGAGAGUUUUCGGAGUAUCUCGGCGAUAGAUCCUCGAUUGCGUAGCGUGUACAACAAAGUGUUGCUCUCAUAAAUUGACGAGUGUUCUCUUUCAAACAAUACUAAUUGGAAAUGUUUCCAAUCACAUAAUUUUAUAAGACUAUUUAUUCAACUAAAAAGAGGUAUUUAUUUUAACAUAUAUAUAC